AUGUCAGGUGUCAAUUCCUUCGGGGAACUGGGCCUCUCCGUCCUCGGUAUUGGGACGCAAUACCCGCCUCACUCGCUCAAGCCAGAUGCAUUAAAUAUACUCAGCGAGAAGUAUUAUCCUCAAUCAGAUGCCAUGAAAAAGAUGCUCUCCAUCAACAGGUUUACAGGAAUCGAAGCACGAUCAUCAAUCGGCACUCCAGAGCACCCGCUUGUCAAUCAGGAGAUGGCCCCUUCCAUAAAGCAGAUUCAUGAGCUGUUUUUCAGUCUCGGGUUACCGCUCGCCGUCAAUGCCGCCCGGAAAGCUGCCAAAGAGGCAGGUAUUGACCUGAGCCAGAUUACACACAUUGUCUCCACGACUUGCACGGACAGCUCAAAUCCGGGGUUCGAUCACUAUGUCGCCAAAGAGCUUGGGAUCUCCCACCAAGUCGAGAAGGUGCUUCUGCAUGGGGUCGGGUGCAGCGGAGGCUUGGCUGCCUUGCGAACGGCCGCCAAUCUCGCUCUGGGACAUUCAGCACGGAGAAAACCCGCUCGCAUUCUAUGCCUUGCCUUGGAGAUCAGCACGAUUCUGAUCCGGAGUGAGUUGGACAGCAUAAUUGAGCUGCAAGAGACCAGAAUUGGCCCCUGCCUUUUCUCAGAUUGUGCGAGUGCCUUGAUUUUGAGCAACGGGGUUGGGGAGAGACGAGACCCCGUUUACGAACUUUUAGGAUGGGAUCACCGAAUCAUUCCAGAUACAGAUGGUGAUCUUGGUUUUAAUGUAGACCCUCUCGGAUGGAAAGUCGUGCUGACUCCAAGAGUUCCAAAGCUGGCCGGCUCAUCCAUGCAGCCGGCAUUUGAAUCUCUCCUCUCACAGUUGCCAGAACUGCCAUCCAACUGCCGGGAAGCCGCCGACUUUGACUGGGCCAUGCACCCAGGAGGGGCGACGAUACUGUCAGGCGCCGAGCGCAUCAUGGGCAUCAAGCCAGAGCACAUGCGGGCAAGCUAUGACAGAUAUAUAAGCCACGGAAACUCGAGCUCGGCAACAAUAUUCAGCGUCAUGGACAGGCUGCGGCACAAGGAAAUGGAUGCUCUCGCCCCAGAAGGCCAUGUGCGCGACUACGUCGUGGGAUGUGCCUUCGGGCCUGGUAUAUCCGUAGAGAUGUGCAUGCUCAAGCGCAAUAAGGAACACGGUAACAAGAUAGUUGGGCUAUCGACGCCACCAGAGACAGACAACGAGGCCAGCGAGGGUAUUUCGGAUGACGAUUUGUCGUUGAACGGGUUGUCUGAAGAUCAGUUGCCCGGAGAAUAUAAACGGUUCAUAGAGAAGUCUUUAGAAUUACUAGAACUUGACUGA